AUGGUGAAAAAAGGCAAAGCAAAAGCUACUGAGCCUGUCAAAGCUGCCGCCACCCCAGCCUCCACCGCGAAAGACGGAGGCAAGGGCAAGAAGGGCGGCAAACAGGAGGCUGCGAUCCCUGCCGAGCUUGGGCCCGUCGGCCCCCCCAAGCCGACGGUCAAGCAGCUCAUCGGCGGCUCCUCGUGGACGGGCAAGCUGCCGGUGAACCUGCUGAGCGAGUACUGCCAGAAGCAAAAGUGGGAUCGGCCGGACUACGACACGCGCAAGACGCCCGACGGCUUCUCCGUGUUCGUGACGCUGAGCGCCAAGGACCCCAAGACGCAGGUGACGACGCGGCUGGAGCCCUUCAAGAUCCCGCCGACACACAAGCAUCUCAUCUUGCGGGACACGUCCAUCGAGGCCAAGCACGCGGCGGCGACGUACGCGCUCUUCCGCGUCUGCAGCAUGCAGAACAAGCACACGGUGCUGCCGCCGGACCACAAGGCGCUCUGGAAGGACUUUCAGGCGCUCAAGGCGCAGGACGUCAAGGACGGCAAGGGGUGGAUCUACGACUCGGACCCGUUCAAGACGUUCAACGACAGGCAGGAGGCCAAGGCGGCGGCAGAGAAGAAGCGCAAGGAGGCCGAGGCGCUCAAGGCCAAGGCCAAGGAGAUGCCCGGUGCUGCCGGUCUUGUACUUCUGAGCAAUGCGGGAGGUGGGGGGGGAAGCGGUAGCAAUGGCAGCGGCGGCGGCGGUGGUGGCGAUAAGGGAUUCAAUAUCAUGAAGGGGUGGACGAGUGCGCCGGGCGUGGAGAUGGGCCGGCAGACGCGAUCACAGCUGGAGAGCCUCCUGCGCCGUGGCGUCUCGUGGAAUCCGCACGCGGUGCAAAUGUCCAAGGCUCAAAGGGACGCCGUCACGACGGAGCUGUGCAAGAUUGGCUUUCGCAGGAGCCACGUCGCCGAGGCCGUCGAGUACUGCAAGGACCGGGAGGAGACGCUCGAGUGGCUGCUCAUCCACGUCCCCGAGGACGACCUGCCGCGGUGGGCGCUGCCUGAGAAGUACGCCGCCGGCGUGACGAUUGGGACCAACGACCUCAAACGAGACGGCACGAUCCAGCGUCUCUCGCAGAACGGAUACUCGCUCGAGCUGUGCGCGAGGGUGUAUGAUCAGGUCGGCGGCGACGAGGGCAAGACGGCGGAGGCGCUUCAGAAUAUUCUCUUUUCGCGGUCGCAGAGAGGAGCUGAGGGUGAAGAAGAAGCAGAAGAAGAGUCGCUUGAUUUCCUGGAUAUGGGGUCACCAGAGGAGCAGUGGCGUGAGGAAAUGGACAGCUUGGAGGCAAUGUACGGAAACUUGUUCUCAAGAGAGGACGCGGACACUGUCAGGAUUCAGCUCGAGUCGGUGAAGAACCCGCCACACAAGGUGGAAGCUUCUCUGCAAAUUCGGCGAAGCUCAAACUAUCCAAACACGCUGAUCCUCGGCAUCCUUGCCAACCUGCCCUCCUACAUCAAACUGAGCAUCAUUCGCAAAGCUUUGGAAUACAUGGAUUCGUCGCUGCGAGAAGAACCGAUGAAGGUUUACUUGGUACUGGACUGGAUUCAGCAAAACAUCAACGACAUAAUAGAGCACCCUGGGAAGCUGGUCGACAUCUCAGCAGUGUCUUCGGCGGCCUCUGAGCAGAAGCCCAGCGAUGCAGUCAAGUCGAGGAAGAGGCCGCGGACACAUGCCAGACCCAUCAGAUGGAACCCCGAUGCGCGCAGCAAGGAAGCCUGGAUCAGGCGUCAAGAGAACUCGGCGUACAAGGAGAUGCUCGGCAAGAGACAGAGACUUCCCGCGUGGCAGAUGCGCGAAAAGAUUGUCAAGACGGUCACGGACAACCACGUCACCAUCAUCAGCGGUGAGACGGGUUCGGGUAAAUCAACGCAGUCGGUGCAGUUCAUCCUCGACGACCUGUACGAGCAGGGCCUGGGCGACUGCGCCAACAUGCUCGUCACCCAGCCGCGCCGUAUCUCAGCGCUUGGCCUCGCUGACCGCGUUGCCGAAGAACGGUGCGGCCGCGUGGGACAGGAGGUCGGUUAUACGAUCCGCGGCGAGGCGCGACAGUCCAAGGAUACGAGAAUCACCUUCAUGACGACCGGUAUCCUGCUCCGUCGUCUGCAAACGUCUGGCGGGCGCGUGGAAGACGUGGUGGCCUCGCUGGCCGACGUGAGCCACGUCAUCGUCGACGAGGUGCACGAGCGAAGCCUGGAUACCGACUUUUUGCUCAACUUGAUUCGCGAGGUGAUGCGCAUCAAGAAGGACGCCUUGAAGCUGAUCCUGAUGUCUGCUACGCUGGAUGCUGCUUCAUUUAUAAACUACUUUGCGUCCGAGGGGCUGAAAGUUGGCGGGGUCGAGAUCGAGGGCAGGACGUAUCCUGUUGAGAACUACUUCUUGGAUGAUGUCAUCCGGAUGACGGGUUACAAUGCAGAGACUCCGGACGGUGGAUUCAUUGGUGAUGAGCUAAUGGGUAAGAUUAUCCAGAAGCUUGGUCACCGCAUCAACUACAACCUCGUUGUGGAAGCGGUCAAAGCCAUCGAUUACGAGCUCGCCUACGAUAAGAAGCCUGGCGGAAUCCUCAUCUUCCUUCCUGGUGUUGGCGAGAUUACACAGGCUUGCAGGGCACUACAAGCAAUUACCUCGCUGCAUGUGCUUCCCUUGCACGCGUCUCUUGAAACAAGAGAGCAGAAGCGCGUUUUUGCCAGUGCACCCCACGGCAAGCGCAAAGUCGUCGUGGCCACCAACGUGGCCGAAACGUCCAUCACCAUUGACGACAUUGUCGCCGUCAUUGACAGCGGCAAGGUCAAGGAAACCAGCUUCGACCCUGGGAACAACAUGCGCAAGCUGGAAGAGACGUGGGCGUCACGCGCCGCGUGCAAGCAGCGUCGCGGCCGCGCCGGUCGUGUGCAGGAGGGCAAGUGCUACAAGCUGUACACGCAGAACCUGGAGAACCAGAUGGCCGAGCGGCCGGAGCCCGAGAUCCGGCGCGUGCCGCUGGAGCAGCUGUGCCUGUCCGUACGGGCCAUGGGGAUGCGGGACGUGGCGCGCUUCCUGGGCCGCUCGCCGACGCCGCCCGAGGCGCUGGCCGUCGAGGGCGCCAUGAAGCUGCUGCGGCGGAUGGGCGCGCUCGACGGCGACGAGCUGACGGCCAUGGGCCAGCAGCUGGCCAUGCUGCCGGCGGACCUGCGCUGCGGCAAGCUGAUGGUGUUUGGCGCCAUCUUCGGCUGCCUGGACGACUGCGUGACGGUCGCGGCCAUCCUCAGCACCAGGAGCCCGUUCACGUCGCCGCAGGAGAAGCGCGAGGCGGCCAAGGAGGCGCGCAUGCGGUUCUUCGCGGGCGACGGCGACCUGCUGACGGACCUGGCCGCGUACGCGGAGUGGCGCGCCAUGAUGCGAGACCGCGUGCCGAUGAGGCAAGUGCGCGCGUUCUGCGAGGACAACUUCCUGUCGCACCUGACGCUGUCGGACAUUUCCAACACCAAGGCGCAGUACUACACGGCGCUGGCGGAGAUGGGCCUGGUGUCGCCCAGGGAAGCGGCGGCGGCGGAAGACGACAGCAUCGAGGCGGCCGCCGCGGGGGAUGCAGGGGCUGGUGGCAAGAGGAACUCGCAGCUGCUCCGGGCGCUGAUCGCAUCGGCGUUCACGCCACAGAUUGCGAGGAUCCAGUACCCGGACAAGAAGUUUGCGAGCUCCAUGUCGGGCGCGGUGGAGCUGGACCCGGAGGCGCGGUCGAUCAAAUACUUCAAUCAGGAGAACGGGCGGGUGUUUGUGCACCCGAGCAGCACAAUCUUUGACAGCCAGGGCUUCUCCGGGCACGCGGCGUACAUGGCGUACUUUUCCAUCAUUGCGACCUCCAAGGUGUUUAUCCGAGAUCUCUCGCCAUUCAACGUAUACACCCUGCUCAUGUUCUCCGGCCCGAUCGAGCUGGACACGCUGGGCCGCGGGCUGCUGGUGGACGGGUGGCUGCGGCUGCGCGGGUGGGCGCGUAUUGGCGUGCUGGUGGCGCGGCUACGAGGCAUGGUGGACGACUUGAUCGCGGAAAAGGUGGAAAAGCCGGGUCUAGACCUGCGCGGCAACGAGGUCAUCAAGUUGGUGACGAAGCUGAUUGAGCUGAAUGGGUUGGAUGCGUAA